GAAAGGUGGAAGCUAUCGGUCAGUCUGUACAGCACAAACAUGACGCUCGCUCAGUCAGUGAUCACUCUGUUUGCCAUUAUUUUCCUGCACUCCUGUGUUGCUGUUCCGAAUAGCUUACCGUUCGAGUAUGAGGAAAAUGCUCGCGAGAACGCGAUCAUCGAUUCGUCAGCCGUAGAUCAACUCCCACAGUUUGACUUGCUCAUAUUCACGCAACGAUGGCCCAUCACGGCAUGCUACGAGUGGCGCGAAACGAGCCAAUCGCACAUUUGCGGCCUUCCGACACCAGCGACCGUUUGGUCGAUCCAUGGCAUUUGGCCCACAAAACGCAACACCAUCGGUCCGGCGUUCUGCGAUAAAACGGCCGUAUUCAACGUGUCCCAGCUGAGCGAGAUCGAAACCCAGCUCGAGCAGCACUGGGUGAACGUGGAAAAGAACAAACCAUUCGAUUCCCUGUGGGAGCACGAGUGGCUCAAGCAUGGCACCUGCGCCGCCGAAGUAAUCGAAGAGCUCAACACGGAGCGGAAGUACUUUGGCCAAGGACUAAGCUGGUUGGAGCAGCACUCGGUCGAUAAGGCUUUCACGGCCAGUGGUGGCAUCCAGCCCGGCUACAACUACAGCCUUUCCACGCUUAACAAGGCACUGUACGAUUACUAUGGCAAACAUUCCGCCAUCGAGUGCUACUUUGAUCGAAAAACGCACAGCCAGCUGCUGAACGAAGUGCGCAUCUGCUUUGACAAGCAGCUGCAGCUGGCCGAUUGUGACGGUAUCGUGGGCUUCGAGAGAGUCUCACUUCCGAACAUGCGCGUCGGAACGGUGAUCAGCAAUUGUAAUGCGGCAAAAUCGAUCUUCUAUCCGGCGACCGUACCAAGCAACCCACAACCGAUCGUGCAUUAUGAAGCCAUCUAUGAAACCGGCGGUGGUGAUGAUGGUCAGGAAAAAAUCGAAUUUGUCGAGGUGAUUAUGGUAUAACUGGGCCGAGGAUGCAGUACGUUGAACGAAGAAGCUGCAACGAUGCAAUGAUGCUGUACUAUUGUUUGAAUUUUAGGUUAAUUUUAGUAAAAUUUGAAAUCAUACCUGAAUGCAAAUA